AUGCACUUCAGCGACGGAUUUCGUGGCCUGCGCAGCGCCCAGCAGGGGUCCCCAUCCCUGCUUGCAUACGAUAAGAGCACUGAGUGGUCAUGCUCCAUGGUGUUGAAAGCUCACCGACACGUUCCCCGCCUCUCCAUGGAGCGUCCGCCUAUCGCCACUGCGAAUUGCGCGCUGCUUCCUCUGCUGCUUGGUUCAACUCUUUCCGGGUGGUCCGCGGCACGGGGUGCGGCCGACGAUUCACCAUUUGACAGGCGCGAUUUACCACCAGACAAAAUGUCGGAGAUGGAUUAA